UUCAGGGUGAACUGAAGUCUUGGGUCCUGACUUCUUCUCCCGGUCCCGUCCACUCCACACAGUAGCCUACGCAGCAGAAGAGGAUAUGGAGCAGUGAUGUACCGGGAGACCAGGAGAAUAAUAACACUUCUUUUUAAAAACGGAAUAAAUGCAAGUAUUUAAGUGACAGUUACAGGGUUCCUCUUGCAAGUUUAAAAUACUUCAAACGCAGAUGCUAGCAUGCAGGAAAUGCCAGACUAAUUCUCAGAGUAGUUCAAUCACCCCUCACGCCUCUAGAGAGUUCUGUCUUCAGUUGAAUAUUGCGCGUCUGACGGGAAGGGCCGAAGAAUACCAGCUCCAGCCGCCGUGGAAACUGAUUAUUCCAAGAUGGUCCGGCAAAUGCAAUAUUUGAAAUUCGCGACAGCACUCGUGUUGCUACCGUGUGUGUUGUCAUUUAACGUGGAUGACAAGAAUGGGGAGACUUUCAAUGGUCCGCUGGAGGACAUGUUUGGAUACUCAGUCCAGCAGUUUGAGAACAGUGAGGGGAAGUGGGUGCUGAUUGGUUCUCCCCUGGCCGGCCAGCCAGCCAAACGGACUGGAGAUGUCUACAAAUGCCGUGUGGGUCAAGGACCAAACCCUAGAUGUAUCAAACUGGAGCUGCCUGAAAACACAACAAUUCCUAAUUUACACGAAGUCAAGGAAAACAUGACCAUGGGAACGACGUUGGUUACCAACCCUCAAGGAGGCUUUCUGGCCUGUGGUCCACAGUAUGGCUACAUGUGUGGUCAGCAGACAUACAUCUCUGGGGUCUGUACCAAUGUCAGCUCAACCUUCCAGGUGCUCAACUCCAUCGCCCCGGCUGUGCAAGAGUGUGCCAAAGAGCUUGACAUUGUCAUGGUUCUUGACGGCUCCAACAGUAUCUGGCCCUGGACCAGCAUCAUUGAUUUCCUGGUCAAGUUUCUGAAGAAUAUCGAAAUUGGAGCUAAACUGUCCCAGGUGGGCAUUGUGUCGUAUGGAGAGAAAGUCACUCACAAUGUCAACCUCAGCCAGUUUGAUACCACUCAAUCCCUCCUGGCCAAAGUGGCGAAACUUCCCCAGCAAACAGGUUUCAAGACUAUGACCGCCCUGGGAAUUGACACGGCGAGGAAAGAGGCCUUCACUGUGGAGCGAGGGGCGCGGCCGGGGGUCAAGAAGGUUAUGAUAAUUGUGACGGACGGAGAGUCACAUGACUUUUAUAACCUCGACAAGGUCAUCAAAGAAUGUGAGGAGGACGAUAUCGAGAGGUUCGGUAUCGCUGUGCUUGGUGAUUACAACAGGAACAACAGAAGCCUCAAGGAGGUGAAGAAAUUCAUUGAGGAGAUCCAGUCGAUCUCCAGCGAUCCUGUGGGAGAUCACUUCUUCAACGUGUCGGAUGAGUUUGCCUUGCUGAACAUCGUAGACGCCCUGGGCAGCAGGAUCUUUGCCUUGGAGGCAACGUCAGGUAACUACACCUCGUCUUUUGAAAUGGAGAUGUCCCAGGCUGGAUUUAGUGCCCACACCUCUAAAGAGGGUGUGAUGCUAGGUGCUGUGGGGGCGUAUGAGUGGAACGGGACAGUAGUGAUGCAUACCAACCAGGGUACCGUGGUUCCUCUAAACGCAGACUUCCAAGACCCCCUGGAUGAAAAGAAGGAGAGCCUGGCGGAGUACGUGGGUUAUGCCGUACAGUCAGCAUCAACCCCUAAUGGUGAAUUAUACAUCACAGGAGCACCGCGGUACAACCACACAGGCAGAGUCAUCGUCUACAAACUGGAUGGGGAAAUCAUCACAGUCACACAAGUACUGAAAGGAGAGCAGAUUGGCUCCUACUUUGGCAGCGUGCUCCAGACGGUGGAUGUUGACCAGGACUCCUACACAGACAUCCUGCUGGUGGGAGCUCCUAUGUUCAUGGGCCCAGAGAGGGAGGAACAGGGACAGGUGUACGUCUACAAACUCAAUGAGGGCCUAUUUGAGCACCAGACCACGCUGAAGCCAGACAACCAGACGUGUUGUACCUCGGCCCACUCCAACGGUUGCACCAUCGUCAACACCAACGGCCCGUGUGGCGCCCGCUUCGGCACCGCCAUCGCAGAGGUCAGUGACCUAGACCUGGACGGGAACCGGGACGUGGCCAUCGGGGCGCCACUGGAGAACGACCACAAAGGGGCAGUCUACGUCUACCAUGGAGCCAAGAAGACCAUCAAGGGAAAAUAUGUGCAGCGUAUCCCAGGCCCUGGAGACGGGGUGAAGACUAAGUUCUUUGGCCAGUCGAUCCACGGAGUCAUGGAUCUGAACGGAGACGGAAUUAUAGACAUUACCAUCGGAGGGCUGGGAGGGGCUUCUCUGUUCUGGUCCAAGGAUGUUGCUGAGCUUUAUGCCAACAUGACCUUUGACCCAAACAAGAUCAACCUACAGCAGCCCUCUGAAGACUGUGUGCUGGGUGAAAGAGCCACCGUGUGUGUGAAGACCAGGGUCUGCUUUAGCUACAGUGUCAAGUCUGAGAAGGACCACACUAACUUGGGAACAGCCAUUAAGUACAACCUGACUCUGGACUCUCUGAGGGCAAAGUCGAGGGCAGCAUUUGUCAACCCUGACGAGAAGAGUGAGAGGAAGGUCCAGGUCACCGCCAACAUCAUAGACGCUCUGUGUCUGGAACAUUCCUUUGCCAUGAAGGCUAAUCUGGACUUCAGAGACCCCAUCAUGAUCUCCCUUGAGUUUGGUCUGGCUGAGGACACAGGCCCCGUCCUGGAUGGAGACUUACCAACGUCACUCAACAAAACGAUUCCUUUGGUGGAUUGUGGGAGCGAUGACAAGUGCAUAGCUGACCUAUCCCUGAAGGCUGUGCCAAGUAUACAAAGUCUUGUGAUCAAAGCCAACAAGGAAAAGUUCCAUGUGCUCAUUACCAUUAGAAACAGUCAAGACAAUGCCUACAAUACCAAAGUCAUGCUCAGCUUUACUGAAAACAUAAACUACGUCAAAGUCAAGGCCAAUGACAAAGUCUGCAGUCUGAAUAAUACCAAAGUUGAGUGUGCUGUGGGAUAUCCAUUCCUCAAAAGCAAUGUAGAGGAGGUGUUUGAGAUCCUGUUUGAAGUCAACCCUGCACACAUCUGGAAAGAGAUUCAGAUCAACGUAACUGCAACCAGUGACAGUGAGGAAUUGAAGACCACCCUCCAUGACAACUCUGUGAGAAUCUCCAUCCCUGUGAAGUACGAGGCUGGACUCAGAUUCACUGCUGACAGACAUAUGAAGGAGGACCACAUAAUAGUGAAAGAGGGAGAACAGUACCCCAGCAUCUUCAACCACACCAGUGUGAUAGGAGAAGAGGUCACCAGUGUGAUAGGAGAAGAGGUCAAGAUCAUCUAUACGGUUAAAAAGGAUGUGAAUAUGGAAACUCCUCCUCUAAAGCUGAGGGUGAUGUACCCGUACCUAUCACCUAGAGAGAACAUCCUGCUAUACCUGACACAUGUCACCUCCUCACAGGAUGUGAGAUGUCACAUCAGGGACCUGAUUAACCCUUUAAAGAUCAACAACAACAACACACACACCAUCAAUCCUAAAAAAGAGACCCUCAGUGUCUUCCUGGUGGGCUGUAAGGACCACCCGUGUAAGUCAUUUAUCUGCUCCAUCCCUCACGUCAACAACAGCCAGGUCAAUGUUACCUUCAGGGUGUGGAAGCCCACCUUUAUCAAAGCAGAGUUCUCCAGCCUUCACAUGAUUGUUAAUGCCACUCUGGAGAACCUGAACACUGAUCUCUUCGUGUUGAGUGCCACCAAUUACGCCAGAGAUGUGAAGAUCCAGGUCUCUAAAGAGGCUUUGGGAGGUAUACCACUGUGGAUCAUUAUAGUCAGUAUCCUCAUAGGACUGCUGAUUCUGGCACUGGUCAUCUUCGCUCUAUGGAAGGCUGGAUUUUUCAAGAGAAAAUCCAUAGAGGACAUGGAGAACGAGGACAUGAAGAAUUAAUCCUUCCACCACCAUACAGAUCUGUCUGUGCCCCACUGUCUUCAGGUCUGUCUUCAGGUCUGUCUUCAGAUCUGUCUUCAGGUCUGUCUUCAGGUCUGUCUUCAGGUCUGUCUUCAGGUCUGUCUUCAGGUCUGUCUUCAGGUCUG